AUGUCUCAAACAGUCACGCUCACCAAGGCUGAAAAGCCGAUAAGCUACGAUAUCAAUAUUCCUUACGUCAGUGUUUCCGAGGAGACAAAAAAGAAUGUCAAAUAUUCUCAUUACCUGCCCACCUGGGACAAGGUCUGGUUUGACCCGCUGCCCUCGUUCGACUACCAAGACCCCGCUCUCCGGGUCAAGGACAAGUCUAAGCCGAAUUUGUUGUCGUCUGCUGCCAAAGUGUCGCACAUCCAACCAUGCAUUGGCAGUAUUGUCGAGGGUGUGCAAUUGAAUAAGCUUUCCGAUGCCGCCAAAGAUGAGCUUGCAUUGCUUAUCGCCGAGCGCAAGGUUGUCGCUUUUCCCGAGCAGGAUCUUAUCGAUGCUGGCCCCGAGGAGCAAUAUGCGUUCAUGCGACAUUUCGGCAAGCCGAACUAUCAACCCAUUUCCGGGUCCAUGAAGGGAUACCCAGGUUUCCAUAUCAUUCACCGAGACGGUAAUAUGGAUGAGAUCAACCGCUUCUUGGAGCAACGUACAACCACAACGUUAUGGCAUCAAGAUGUCAGCUACGAGAUUCAGCCUCCCGCCUAUGUCAUGCUUGGGUUGCUCCAGGGUCCCGAUGUCGGUGGAGACACCGUCUUUGCCGCAACAGACGCUGCAUACAAGAGACUAUCCCCCACUUUUCAAUCCUUUAUCGACAAUCUAAAAGCAGUCCACACUUCUGCUAAAAUGAUUGCCCACGCUAAGUUAACUGGAAGCUUAGUGCGCAAGGAUCCCGUGGAAAGCAUCCACCCACUUGUCCGCGUGCACCCCGUGACUGGCGAGAAAUGUCUCUUUAUCAAUGGAGAGUUCAUCACCAAGAUCCAGGGACUGAAGGAGCCCGAAUUUAGAGUUUUGCAAGAGUUUCUCAUGCAACAUCUCAUCACCGGUCAUGACUUCCAGGCCCGUGUGCGAUGGCAGCCUCGUACCAUAGUCAUGUUUGACAACCGGUCAACAAUACACUCCGCUAUUGUCGACUAUCUCGACGAAGAAACCGGCGCAAAACCGCGCCACAUUUUCCGACUCUGCGCUCUUGGGGAACAACCCAUCCCAGUCAGCUCUCAAAAUCCUACUACAUGCUCAAAAUAG